UAGAUUUAGCAAUAGAGCGUUGGGCCAUGGCGGUUCGCCUUGUUAUGAACCAGGCCCAUAAUCAAGUAUUAAAGCGCUGCGGUGAAUGUCCGACAGGACCAAUGACUAACCACCUCCCCAACCAUUAGUUGGUUAUCACCCCAGAUUCUCAGAUCAAAUGGUCUUUGUUAAUUACAAAAAAAAUACAGAGGCUCAGACUACGCCACGUCGCAUCCGAAACGGCAGUUUGGGCGUGCUGGUCCUCUUUGCCGUGAACGGCCCAACCAACAAUUAUUGUUUGGGCUUGUCAAUAUAAAUACUUUAAUCAGAAGUUCAGAACUUUGUCUUUCUUUAAUCCGAGAAAAUUAGAAUACACGUUAUAUGGUGCCCUGAGACUCUCCGACGACGAUAAUCAAAUCUGCUUCCUGGUUUGUUUCUCAAACAAUCGGAGAAGAAAGAAAGAAAAGCCCACUUUUUUGAUUCUGCAAACCGCAACACUCGCACCUGAGAGGUCGUGAUUUGGACGUUCAAACUUGAAAAAAAUGAUGGGUGAUACUGAAUUUUUUCAUUUGUUGGCAGGGUUCUGCUGCAAACUACACAAUGGGCUCAGCAAAUGGCUUGGCCAGUGCACAUGGGAAGCAACCUCUAUUUUCUUUUGGGGUAAUCUCCGAUGUCCAGUAUGCUGAUAUUCCUGAUGGCCGAUCUUUCCUUGGUGUUCCACGAUAUUAUCGCCAUAGCAUUUUUGUAUUGAAAAGAGCAGUUCAAAAAUGGAAUGAUCAGAAGAAGCAUGAAUUUGUGAUCAACUUUGGGGAUAUUGUUGAUGGUUUUUGCCCAAAGGAUCAGUCACUCAAUGCUGUAAUGAAUGUUGUCGAGGAAUUUGAGAAUUUCAAUGGCCCCGUCUAUCAUAUGAUUGGUAAUCACUGCCUCUACAAUCUUCCCCGCAAGCAAUUACUACCACUAUUAAAGAUUCCGAGUAUCAAUGGUCGUGCCUACUAUGACUUUUCACCGAGCCCAGAAUUCAGAUUUGUUGUUCUGGAUGCCUAUGAUAUCAGUGCCAUUGGUUGGCCUCAAGAUCAUCCAAGUGCAAUUGAGGCUUUGAGGUUUCUACAGGAGAAGAAUCCAAAUGCAGACAAGAACAGCCCGGCUGGACUGGAAGGCCUUGAGAGAAGGUUCCUUAUGUUCAAUGGAGCAGUUGGAAAACAACAAUUGGAAUGGUUAGACAGCAUUCUUCAGGAAGCAACAGAGUUGAAACAAAAAGUAGUGGUUGGUUGCCAUCUGCCCUUAGAUCCUGGGGCGUCAUCCAAAGAAGCACUUUUGUGGAAUUACGACAAAGUCAUGGGUGUUAUUCACAGAUACAAUUGCGUGAAGGUUUGCCUUGCUGGGCAUGACCACAAAGGUGGUCACUCAAUUGAUUCCCGUGGAGUACAUCACAGAGUUCUUGAAGCUGCCCUUGAGUGCCCACCUGGGACAGAUGCCUACGGAUAUAUAGAUGUUUAUGAUGAUAAGCUAUUGCUUACUGGUACUGACCGGAUGGCAAGCACUGACAUGCAAUUCAACCUCAAUCAGACUUUCGAGAAAAACAGCAUCAAAGGUUGUGAUUAAUUCUUCCGAGUCUGGUGCAGACUGUAUGUAAUGUUAUUUUGACAUCUGCGAUUAUGUACAAAGUUAUGCACAAGCCUCAAAAGCCUCCGUCCCCUGCACAUAUUUGGGAUUGUAGAAAAGCUAUUCAUGUUUCUGUAGUCCCAUUGGAACGCCUCACAGAGAAUUCUAUGCCGGUCUGUUUUCUUGACACCACUGUACACAAGCAUUUGUGAUUGAACAUCUUCGUCCUGAUAGUUGUCAAAAUAAAAUUUUCCCAUGAGCCUUGGAAUGCAACUUUCUGAGCUGUGUAUGCUUUUUUGGUGUUAAUACUGAUCAGUGAAACAAAAUUUUACAAUUUCUGUA